AUGGAGUCAACAUAUCUUCGAGGGUGCCUUGGAACCUGUCUGACUCAAGGUCUCGCAGAGGUGGCAAGAACUCGCCCAGUGGAUCCAGUUGAAUAUCUAGCCCUGUGGAUUUACAAGUAUAAGGAAAAUGAGAUCAUAGAGAAACAGAGGCAGGAGGAAAUGGCCAAGCUGGAACAGGAGAGGAUGCUAGCUCUGAUGGAGCAGGAGAUCUCGGAGCAGCUCAGAGCAGAAGAGAUGCUGUUUCAGCAGCAACAGCUGGCAAUCCAGCAGGAGAUGGAGAGGCAGAAAGAGGAAGAACUUCAGAGAGCUGGGCAGCAAUCACAAAGGGAGGCAGCAAUGUACAUGGAUAACACAGCUAGGGACGAGGAUUGGCUAAUUUCAGAGGAAGAAAGGAUAGAGUCAAGGAAAACCCUCGCUGAGAUCAGCGAUCGAUACGGCGCGCCCAACUUGAGCCGAGUGGAGGAACUCGACGAACCCAUGUUAUCCGAUGUUGCAUUAAACAUGGAUCAAGAUUUGUAG